GCUUUUGAAGUAAAAGAUGAGGGCAUUAAUGAGGCUAUCAAUGAAGGAAUAAUCAAGUGUGAUGCUAUUGCCAUUAAAGUGUCGGACGAGAGUGAUGAUUUUACAAUUGAUUUUCUUGGUCUUGAUAAUUCGAAUAGAUUGCCUCGUUAUACAUAUUAUCAAAGGGAUGUU